AUGAUCACUUACUACGUCACAAAACAACAUGGAAGACAUGUUUGCGAAAUGUCUAAAACUGAGAAAAUGAAAACAGUCAAUGUCAUGUGACAAGAGAACAUGUAUCUAAAAUAUAUAACAGAAUAAAUCAUAGCAAAGAUACCGACAUGUCAUCAAGUCCACAUUUGGUGGCAAGUCUUCAUCAUACCAUAGCCACUCACACAUCCGAUGUCAAUUCCGUAGCCUUUUCACCUGAUGGGAAGUUAGCUACAGCUUCUGGAGACAAAACAGUGAGAUUAUGGGAUACGGAAGAUUUCACUGAACUCUCUGCUUCACCACUUGUCGGUCAUGCUUAUUACGUUCAUUGUUGCACAUUUUCACCAUUUGGAACAAUUCUAGCAACAUGUUCUACCGAUGGCAAACUUAUUCUUUGGGAUGUCAAGUCAGGGAAUAAGGUGGCUACAUUUCAACAUACCAGCAAACAGAGCAUUAGAGUGUGCCGAUUUUCUCCAGACACAAAGUAUAUUGUAUCUGGAAGUGAUGACGAAACUCUGGCUUUAUGGGACAUUUCUACGAAGACUUUAGUCAGGUCUUACAACACUUGCCAUGAUGCCUCAGUAGUGGCCUGUUCCUUUACACCUGACAGCACAUUCAUUAUAUCAGGGAGUAGCAAUGGGGAUCUGAGAGUCUGGGAUGCUAAAUAUGGGCAUGGGAAAGUUUUGACCUAUGUUCUAGAAGGUCACGACCUUGGGGUCACAAGCUGUGACUUUGCCCCACACACAAAGGUGGAGAACAGUGGGGUCAAUGAAUGUGUCACUUAUAGGGUGGCCACCUCUGGGCAAGACAAUUUGGUGAAAAUCUGGGAAAUGACUGCAGAUCUAAGCUGCACUUCAGUGGUCUUGAAACAAAAGCUGACUUUCAAGGGACAUGAAGGGACAGUCAAUUUCUGCUGUUUUUCCCUGGAUGGAAACUUACUGGCAUCUGCAUCUAUUGACAAGACAGUUAGAAUUUGGGACCCAUCCACUACUCAGCAGCUGUGUGUUGUGGAGGGACAUACUCGUUACAUCACAUGUUGUGCUUUCUCCAGCGAUAGUCGUCUUCUGGCCUCCGGAUCCAAUGACAAGUUAGUCAUGAUCUGGAAAAUCACUACACAGGAGGACUGCAUAGAUAAUUACCAGGAACCACAAUGUGCUAUGAAGGUAGAGAAACAAGAGGAUGCCCACAAACACUUGGAGUCCUGGUCUGCAGAGGACGUUGGUGAUUGGCUGGUUCAUAUUGAGCUCAGCCAAUACAAAGACUCGUUUGUGUCUAAUGCUAUAAUUGGGACAGAACUCUGUAACAUGGAUGACAAGACCCUGAUAGAUUUAGGUGUUUCUGCUUUAGGACACAGAAAUAAGAUUUUACGCUGCAUUAAAACCGCCCAGAACAAACCCACCAUUACCAGGAGUGUUUCCAAUAUCUCAGAUAAUGGAAUUCCUGAUGAGUAUUUAUGUCCUAUAACCAGGGAAUUAAUGAAGGACCCAGUGAUGGCUGAGGAUGGCUACACCUACGAGCGGUCAGCUAUCCAGGGAUGGAUAAACAAGGGGAAGGACAUUAGCCCAAUGACCAGUAUACCUCUGAAAACCAAGCACCUUAUACCAAACCGAAGUCUGAAGAUGUUGAUUCAACACUAUUUGGAAAGUGGAAAAGUAUAGGGUAGACAAACUAUCCAAAAAACUUAACACCUUAUACGAAUCAAAAGCUUGAAGAUUCUGGUACAAUGAUAUCGAGAAAGGGGAAAAAAGGAAAAAAUUUUGUUUGUUGUGUUCUCUCAAAAGAAAGACCAAGUUCAGAAACAAGAGUGACCCUCCUCCCCCUUCCCCCUCUAAA